UUGUCCUGUAGGCACAAUGGAGAACCGCUGUGGUCUGCUAACCAACACAAAGGAACCAGUUCCUUUGAAGAGCAUUGAAGUGCAGCUGGAGGUGAAAGACCAUGUGGCUACAGUGGUUUCUACUCUGAACUAUGAGAACAAGGAGGAUAAACCAAUAGAGGCUGUGUUUGUCUUCCCUCUGCCUGGAGAUGCUGCUGUGUGUCAUUUCAGUGCUCAGGUUGGAAAGACACAAAUUGUAGCUGAGGUUAAGGAGAAACAGGAGGCUAAGGAGGAGUAUGAUGAUGCUCUGAGCUCUGGGCAGCAGGCCUUCCUGUUGGAGGAGAGUGAGGAGAGUCCAGAUGUCUAUGAAAUGUUUAUUUCUGUUAUUUGUGUUCUUGAACUGCAGGUCAAGUUGGCUGCAGGACACAAGUUUGACAGAGACAUUGAACUGCUGAUUUAUUACAAAGAUGCCCACCAGCCCACUGCUGUGGUGGAGGCAGGACAGGCUUCUGCCAAACCUGGUUCUCUGAUGGGGGAUCCAGUGGUGAUGGUGAGCUUGUACCCCGAGUUCCCCCAAUCUGUGAUGUCCUCACUCACCUCAUGUGGAGAGUUUGUGUUCUUGGUUGAUCGAUCUGGAAGCAUGGGUUGUCCCAUGAAUCAAAAAACACCGCAGGAAACUCGCAUUAGCAGCGCCAGGGACACUUUGCUGCUUCUUCUGAAAAGCCUACCCAUGGGGUGCUACUUCAAUAUUUACAGUUUUGGAUCCACCUUUGAACACAUCUUUCCUAAGAGCGUGGAAUACAAUGAGAUGACUAUGGAGGAGGCUCUGAAGAAGGUUGAAAAGAUGGAGGACGAUCUUGGAGGAACAGAGAUUCUUCAACCUCUCCAACACAUUUAUAGCCAGCCCUGCAUUCCUUCACACCCUCGACAGCUGUUUGUCUUCACUGAUGGAGAAGUGGGAAACACCAAAGAAGUUAUCGACCUUGUUAAGAAGAAUUCAGGCUCCCACAGAUGUUUCUCCUUUGGGAUCGGAGAAGGAGCCAGCUCUGCUCUCAUCAACGGGAUGGCCAAAGAGGGAGGAGGUCACGCUCAGUUCAUCACUGGGACUGACAGGAUGCAGCCAAAGGUGAUGCAGUCACUCAGGUUUGCUCUGCAGCCUGCGGUGGAGGAUAUUUCUGUCUCUUGGGAUUUACCAAAGGGAGUGUCGGCCACCAUUCUCUCUCCUCCCAUUACAACAAUCUUUCAGGGUCAGAGGUCACUGAUUUAUGCUCAACUUACAGGACAGAGUUCAGAGACAACAGAGGGCAGUGUGACGGUGAAGUUUAGCUUGGCAGGUCAUCAGUCAAAGAACCAGCUCCACUUCAGCCUAAAACCUGCAGAGGACUCUGGGUUAACGGUUCACAGGUUGGCUGCUCGCACCGUGAUUUGCUCCCUGGAGUCAAAAAGGAAACACAAUGGACAGCAAGAUGAAGAAAUAAAAAAAAAGGUGGUGGAGCUCAGUGUCCAAUCAGGAGUGAGCAGCUCCUUUACUGCCUUCAUUGCUAUAAACAAAGAUAGCCCAGAGUCUGUUCAAGGACCUCUACAGCGCAGAAUUAUCCCAACACCUUUCUAUGGAGGUGAGUGAUAUUUUUCAAUAUAUUUUUUCAGCAUU